AUGCCAAAAUUUCUCCCAAACUCAUUCAAAACGCGACGCAUUGUUAAAUUUGUAUUGAUAUUCUUCGCUGCCAUCCUUAUUAUCCACGUAAUCUUCAGCGUUUACAACUUCGCCAACCUUUUUGCCUUUUUCAAACCUCACUCCGGUGUUCAGAUCACGCAACAAGAAAUCCUCGAUGCCUUCGCUACAAGCAAGAAUGAGAGCGUCCCGGUGAUCCCGAAAAUACUGCAUCAGGUCUUUCAUAACUGGACUGACCCCGAAAGCACUUCCCUAGACUUGCCAAGUGAUUGGGAAGCCGCACGUCAAUCCUGUAUAGCCCUAAACCCAGACUGGGAGUACAAGCUAUGGACAGCUAAAACGUCACGGGCCUUUAUCGAGGACGAGUUCCCCUGGUUCCUUAAGUCGUACGAUAGCUACGAAUACCAUAUCCAGCGAGUCGACGUGAUCCGGUACUUUGCGCUGCGGCAUUUUGGUGGUAUUUACAUAGAUCUUGACAACGGUUGCAAACUAAACCUCGACCCUAUUACCUACUUACCUGCAUUCACCACCUUCGGAGGGCACGGAACGCUAAGCAAUAACAUCAUUGGUGGCCAACCCAAUCACCCUUUAUUCUACCUCAUCACCGAGUCUCUCAUUUCGUGGAACUGGAAUUGGGUUCUCCCUUAUGUGACCGUUAGCUAUGCUAGCGGUCAAUGGUAUUUCACCGCGAUAUGGGAGAAGUACCAUGGGCUAAUCGAAACCGUCGAUAAUAAGUGGAAGCCACUUCAUUUUAUUUCUAUGGAUAUGCGUCUCGGCGCCCCUGAGCCGUAUCUAUUCUGGAAUCAACAACAUGGUGGAACUUGGGAUAACUGGGAUAGUGCUUGGUUUGGCUGGCUUGGGAAUAACAUAUGGUUUGUUAUUGAAGUGUGUGCUACGGGCAUAAUAGUUUUGAUCCUGCUAAUCAUUGGUUGUGUCUGUUGUUGCAGGUGGAGUAGAAGAAGAAGAAAGACAGCCACAGUUGCGUAUACGAGACUCGAGGCUGAUGAUACUGUUUGA